UCGCAGCUUACAAUGUCCAAGAAAAACUAUGAUCUGCUCUUCAAGCUCCUGCUCAUCGGCGACUCGGGUGUCGGCAAGACCUGCAUCCUCUUUCGUUUCUCCGAUGACGCAUUUCAGACGACAUUCAUCUCUACAAUAGGUAUUGAUUUUAAAAUUAAGACAAUUGACCUUAAAGGCAAGCGCAUCAAGCUUCAAAUAUGGGAUACGGCUGGCCAGGAGAGAUUUCAUACAAUCACCACUUCGUACUACCGGGGAGCCAUGGGCAUCAUGCUGGUGUAUGACAUUACAAAUUCUAAAAGUUUUGACAACAUCGCCAAGUGGUUACGCAACAUUGACGAGCAUGCCAGCGAAGACGUCGAGAAGAUGAUUCUCGGUAACAAGUGUGAUAUGCAAGACAAGCGAGUGGUCAGCAAAGAUCGAGGCGAGACCAUUGCUCGCGAACACGGUAUUCGGUUUCUGGAAACCAGCGCCAAGGCGAACAUCAACAUUGAUCGGGCGUUCCUUGAUCUCGCCGAGGCGAUUCUAAACAAGCAAACUGCUGGUCAGAUGCAACAAGAUAAGCAAGACAAAGUAAACAUCUCAAAACCCGAAUCAAAGUCAACCGUUUCCAAGUGCUGUAACAUGUAG